AAACUAAAAGAAAACAACAAAAACAAAAGCACUCAAUGAAGCGCCAAACGGCAAGUCUGUUGAUCAAACACCACUUACUACUUUCAACACUUCGUUAGCUCCGCCACUUCAACGGAGCUUUCGAAGCCUCCCCCAUUUCUACAUAAAAACCUCUCUCUCUCUCUACAUAAAUAUAUUUAUAUACACACACAAAAACACAUAUUUGUUCUUUGAAGAAAAAACCCUAGAAAUCUGCCACAAAAUGCCAUCAUCAAUGUCCCUCUCGCUCUCUUUACCUUCCAUCACCAGAUCCGAUCGCACAGCGAUCGAAAACUUCGCCGGAAACGCCUCGUUCACGCCUCAGUCACUUCGGUUCUGUGGCCUCAGAAGAGAAGCAUUUGGAUUCAAAUCUUCAAACGCAUUGAAUUUGAGUCGAGUCGUAGCGAAUUCGAAGAAUUGUUACUCGAAGAAGGUAUCUGCGUCUUUGUCCGGGAAUGGGACUCCGUCGAAGGGUUUCGAUUAUGAUCUGGUGAUUAUCGGAGCCGGAGUUGGCGGUCACGGCGCUGCACUUCACGCCGUCGAGAAGGGCUUGAAAACUGCUAUCAUUGAGGGGGAUGUGGUUGGAGGAACAUGUGUAAAUCGGGGCUGUGUUCCUUCCAAAGCCCUCCUCGCCGUAAGUGGUCGGAUGCGGGAGCUUCAGAAUGAACACCACAUGAAGGCCUUUGGCUUACAGGUUGCAGCUGCUGGGUAUGACAGACAGGGAGUUGCUGACCAUGCAAAUAACCUUGCCUCAAAAAUCCGAAGUAAUUUGACCAAUUCAUUAAAAGCUCUUGGUGUUGACAUAUUGACAGGUUUUGGCACAAUUUUGGGUCCACAAAAGGUGAAGUAUGGAAAAGUUGGGUCCACAGACAAUGUAAUAACAGCAAAAGACAUAAUCAUUGCUACUGGUUCUGAGCCCCUUGUCCCUAAGGGAAUUGAAGUUGAUGGUAAGACUGUAAUAACCAGUGAUCAUGCACUCAAACUGGAAUUCGUUCCCGACUGGAUAGCCAUUGUUGGGAGUGGUUACAUUGGUCUUGAAUUCAGUGAUGUUUAUACAGCACUUGGAAGUGAGGUUACAUUUGUUGAAGCUCUUGAUCAGCUCAUGCCUGGUUUCGAUCCUGAGAUUGGUAAAUUGGCUCAGCGAGUUCUAAUAAAUCCUCGAAAAAUUGAUUAUCAUACUGGUGUAUUUGCAAGCAAGAUCACUCCAGCGAAGGAUGGAAAACCUGUAACAAUUGAACUUAUUGAUGCAAAGACUAAGGAACCAAAGGGCACUUUGGAGGUAGAUGCUGCCCUCAUUGCAACUGGAAGGGCUCCAUUCACAAAAGGGCUUGGUUUGGAGAAUAUCAAUGUACAAACUCAACGUGGAUUUGUUCCUAUUGAUGAAAGGAUGCGAGUAAUUGAUGCAAAUGGAAAAUUGGUUCCUCACUUGUAUUGCAUUGGUGAUGCAAAUGGGAAAAUGAUGCUUGCUCAUGCAUCAAGUGCACAAGGAAUCUCUGUUGUUGAGCAAGUUUGUGGAAAAGACAAUGUGCUAAAUCAUUUGAGCAUCCCAGCAGCAUGUUUCACGCAUCCUGAAAUCAGUAUGGUUGGAUUAACAGAGCCUCAAGCAAGAGAAAAAGCUGAAAAGGAGGGAUUUGAAGUAAGUAUUGCCAAGACUAGUUUCAAGGCUAACACAAAAGCCCUUGCCGAAAAUGAAGGGGAGGGACUUGCUAAGUUGAUUUACAGACCUGACAAUGGAGAGAUCCUCGGAGUUCAUAUCUUUGGAUUACAUGCUGCAGACCUCAUACAUGAAGCAUCCAAUGCGAUAGCUAUGGGGACACGUCUACAGGACAUAAAGUUUGCUGUUCAUGCUCAUCCAACGUUAUCUGAAGUGCUUGAUGAACUCUUCAAAGGAGCAAAGGUAAGGAGGAAAGCCUCCUUAGGUCCUGAACUGAGAGUCUCUCUCAUUUUACACUGGUUCACGUUUCUACUACAGUUGCUGAAGCAGUUGCGGUCUAAGCUUCUCGGCAUUGUAUAAUUUAUGGAUGUUAGUGAAUUUACUGGGGUUCUCAAGAAGCUGCCUGCUCUCAUCUUCCCCGAGGAAAAAAUUAUGUUAGGGGUGGUAGUUCGACAGUGCUCGUUAUAUUAUUUGUUCAAUUUUGUGUUAUACACCUUGAAGAGGUGCUUGUUUUUGUUUGGUAGACUUGUAUACGGACAUUAGUUACCAUUUGGAAGACUGAGAUGUUCAAUUUUAAUUUUCCAUAGUAUUUGAAAUGUCAAGUUCUGUUGUGGAGAAAUAACCUAUCCAUAUAGGGAGAGAUGUAAGAAUUUGUGAAGAGUUGGUCGUUAAUACAAUUCUCAGAUUCACUUGUU